AUGUUGCAAAAGGCGGCUUCUUACACACCCAGACUGUACUCGCCCUCCGUCACCAUCUUCCAACUCGAUCCAUAUCUUGAGCAGAAGCUUAGCCGACUUCCUGAAGAUCGGGUCCGUGAGCUAUUGAUUCGCUCCGGACACCAUCGUCUACUAGCCUUGUCAGGGGAUGUAGAUGGUGGCCUACCAUCAAAGUCUUGGACAUCUGGCCCUCCUGGCGCCCAUCUUAUCGAGCCUGACAUCAAAAGAUAUAUCGAUGAGGAAAUUCACAACAGUUUCAGAUUACAGCAGGACAUCGUACGCGAUAGCGUCAAAUCAGAACUUGAUGAUAUCGUUCAGGACAGCAUUAGAUCAGAACUGCCUGGUCUUGUCGACCAUUUUCGCGAGGAGAUUGCUGACGAACACAAAAUGAAAGUGUGCGAGUUAAGCGAGGUUGUCCAGGACAGUGCCGCCGAGGCGAAGAAAGCAUUGAAGGAAUUGGCUACAGAAUUGACAGUUUCUCUCAGGGCUUCAUAUGACGAUUUGCGAGACUCUAGGCAUGGAAAACAGGGCACACACCCGCGAUGCCGCUCUGUGUAA